GGCGGGCGGUCUUUAUGAAGUCCUGGUUUCUCCUUGGUCCUUUGACAAGAUUUCAGACCGUUGGCGAAGUGGUCGAGUAUGAAAUAGCACAGCAGCCGAUUCAUGCAGUCCGAAGUACGGGAGACGCACAUAUUCCACUUCCUGAGGAGAUUCAGGUUGUCUGCGCGGACAGUAAGGCACCGCUUCGCCAUCAUGUUACGCCCACUGGGCUUGUCUUCACCACUCUGUCAGAAGAUACACCCAGCUUCCACGAAUUCUUCCCAGAGCUGGAGCCGCUUCUUCAACGAGUCGACUUCACCAAGCUGCCCUACAAACGAAGCAUCAAGUACGAAGGAAGAUUCAACUGGAAGACAAUGGUCGAUGGCUACCAGGAAUGCCUCCACUGCCAAUACACCCACCCGUCAUUCUCGAUCUACUACCCACCAACCUGGUACAAAGUGCACAACCACAAGAACUUUUCCCAGCACAUAGCAGACCCCAAGAAGCCCGAUGACGGACUCUUCUUGUACUUCUUCCCAAUCUGCACCCUGAAUGUCUACGGGGGAGGCAUGUCCUCGUUCCGCGUGUGCCCAACGGACGACCCCAAUGUCACACGGAUGGAAUUUGAUUAUUAUCAUAUGGAGACGGGGGAGAAGUUCGAAGAGUACUUCCGCUUUGUCCGCCAGGUCGCCAUGGAGGAUUACGAGUUGUGCGAGAAGGCACAAGAGAAUCUUGAAAAGGGCGUCUACCGCGAGGGGAUCCUGAACCCGGAAAAGGAGAGUGGCGUUUCUUGUAAGUUGACAGUCUGGUCUACUUUUUUGGUUAUUAACGACUUCAGUCUACCAGGACCGCGUCUUUGAAAUGGUAUGCCAGCAGCACGCCGAAGAGCGAGAGAAGGAAGUAAGCUCCCAAUCCAAGUUGGAGGGCCCGGAGCCAGUGCAACCAGCAGGUGUUCAGGUAGUUUCGUGAUCAUCAGUGCCAAGGGCUGGAUAUAUAGCCAGAAUAUGUAGAGUCGUAUUGAUUUGCAAUGGUAAUCCACCAGACCCGACGAGACUGGCUGGUGAGUGUUUUAGGCCGUGCUGGAAAAGUGCACCCAAUUCGGCAAACCGAGAGACAUAGUAUUGGCCAAUGAAGUUUGAUAGUCAAAGCUUACGGUAGUGUUUACUUUAGAUAUAUUAAGAUAGGUCUCUGGAAUCAGAUACUCGCAAUUA